CAAAAUUCAAAACCACCACAAGAAACUAUAGAAAGGAAACAGAUAAUAAUCUCUCUCAUUACAGAACCAAAUUACAGAUGAUGACUACUCUCAAUAAUUUCUUGUCCCCAACUUCACAGUUAACAGAACCCAAGAAACAUUUCAGCCUCCCGAUUUCUCCAUCGCACCACCUCUUCACCCUUUCAAAGCCGUUCUUGAAUCCAAAUCUUGCCAAGAAAGGCAGGCCCUUUUGGCCCAGCGCUGCUGUCACAGAAGACAGAGACGUUUCCUCCACGGAAAAGACAGGUGAUCAAGAUGGAGAAAAGGCUUCAGUUUCGAGAAAAAUGGAGGGGCUCAAGGACAGUGUGUUUGGUGCCACUUCUUCUGAUAGUUUACUCAAUGCUGCUAUUGUUCUUGCUGCCGGUUCCCUUGCCAUCACCAAGUUGCUCACCAUUGAUCAUGACUAUUGGCAUGGAUGGACCCUUUAUGAGGUGUUGAGGUAUGCACCUGAACACAACUGGAAUGCUUAUGAAGAAGCUCUUAAAACACAUCCUGUAUUAGCAAAAAUGAUGAUAAGUGGGAUUGUUUACUCUCUGGGAGAUUGGAUUGCUCAAUGUUAUGAAGGGAAGCCCCUUUUUGAGUUUGAUCGUACACGCAUGUUUAGGUCCGGUCUAGUUGGUUUCACACUCCAUGGAUCACUUUCUCAUUAUUAUUACCAAUUCUGUGAGGCUCUAUUUCCUUCCAAGGAUUGGUGGGUGGUCCCUGCCAAAGUUGCCUUUGACCAAUCUGUGUGGGCAGCAGUUUGGAACAGCAUCUACUAUGUGGCUCUUGGUUUCUUGCGCCUGGAAUCCCCGGUCAAUAUUUUCGGUGAACUAAAAUCAACAUUUUGGCCUAUGUUGACUGCUGGUUGGAAGCUCUGGCCUUUUGCUCAUUUAAUCACCUAUGGCGUGAUUCCAGUAGAGCAAAGACUUCUAUGGGUAGACUGCGUGGAGAUAAUAUGGGUUACUAUACUCUCGACUUAUUCAAAUGAGAAAUCAGAAAUGCGGAUGUCUGAGGCGUCUGACGCUGAAGCUGGUCCUUCAUCAAACAAGGAAAAAUAGAGUAAACUGCUCGCAGAAACAAGUGAAUGAAAUCCGGGUAAAAGCGUCCAGCUAAAGUCCGAGUUUAUUGCUCUUCUUUGAUGGAGUUAAGGAUGAGAGGCUCUACCGUCUGCUGUCCAGACCCAGGGGCUAAUACAUUAUACAUCUAAGGUAAAGUUGUUGCAGGGCAUCAUCAUAUAGCGAGAACUGUUGGAAGUUCUCUAUCCUACAAUGAUCUUCUCUAUCCUACAAUGAUCUUCUCUAUCCUACAAUGAUCUAUGUCGGAGCAGCUCUGCUGCUGUCGCAACGACAAUGCCAUUAUUACAUCUGAACUUGUACUCUUUAUGUGUAAGAAAACCAGCAAUGGUUUUGUGUAUAUGUUGGCUUUUAUGAUCUUUUUCACACUGGGCAGACUGUAAUUUCCCUAAGCAGCGGUUUGUGAUAUUGUGUAUCUAGCAAAUUUAGUAAUUUAUACACAUGUUUGUAAAUUGUCCGUAGGAUACAGACAUAUGAACGUUUACAUGCAGAACUUUUCAGUUUGAUC